AUGCCGCCGAGCAAAGAAACCGCGAGGCAUGAGUGCGUCUCCGAAGAUGCGCUGCAACAUCUCCGGACCUACAAAUACUCGAGCGUCGACAAAUCCUUCAUCUCCCGCUACAUCCUCAAGCAUUACUGGAAUGCCUUUGUCGAGCUGCUGCCGCUAUGGCUGGCGCCGAACCUCGUCACGUUAUUAGGCUUCUUCUUCAUCCUGGGCAACGUCGUCCUGCUAGAGCUUUACAUCCCGGAUCUGGUCGGACCAGCGCCCUCAUGGGUAUACUACAGCUUCGCCUUUGGCAUGUGGAUGUACUCCACAAUGGACAACGUCGACGGAAAGCAAGCGCGCCGAACCGGCACCUCGAGCCCGCUGGGAGAACUUUUUGACCAUGGGAUUGAUUCUUUGAACUGCACUUUGGCCAGUCUCCUCGAGACAGCGGCUGUUGGAUACGGCUCAACCAAGAUUGGCGCCUUUACUGCGCUGAUCCCUGUGCUGCCCAUGUUCUUCUCGACCUGGGAGACAUACCAUACCCAUACGCUGUAUUUGGGCUACUUCAACGGUCCUACAGAGGGACUCAUCCUUGCAUGCACCUUCAUCUGCAUGUCCGGCUACUUCGGCCCAGAGAUCUGGUCGAAACCCCUCGCGACCUACUUCCCAUCCUACAAAGCAGAAAUCGGCGACGUAACCCUGAAGGAACUCUGGGUACCCAUCAUCCUCUUCACCUUCUUCGCCGCCCACCUCCCCGCCUGCAUCGUCAACGUAGCGAAAGCGCGUCGCUCCAGGAACGAGCCUCUGCUGCCCCUUCUCAAGGAAUGGACACCGCUAGUCAUCUUCGUCGUCUCCACCAUGGCCUGGCUCGGAUCGCCAUACUCAAAGCUCCUAGAAGACAACCACCUCGUCCUCUACUGCCUGACUAUGUCCCUAGUCUUCGGACGCAUGACAACCAAGAUCAUCCUCGCGCAUCUCACACACCAGCCCUUCCCUUACUGGACCAUCAUGCUCGCCCCCAUGAUCGGAGGCGCCCUGCUCAUCAACCACCCCUACUUCACCAUCCCCGGCACAACAUUCGGUCCCAUCUCCGCUAGCUUUGAACUCUGGUACCUACGCGCUUACUUCGUCUUCGCUGCUGUUGUGUACGGCAAGUGGGCACAUUUGGUUAUUACGAGCAUCUGCGAUUACCUUGGUAUCAACUGUCUUACUAUUCCUAAGAAGACGAAUGAGAAGAACGGAAGAGCGAAUGGUGUUGUUGAUGGGAAGGGCCGAACCGACUAA